UGUUUAUCCCGUCGACAGCGGAUAUGCCUCUGAGCUUCAAAUASUAAAGCACACGCCGCUAGCGGAAUAAUGCGGUGUUUUUAUGAUCCGGUGCUUUCAUCACCAAGUCAACCGGCGUUUUUUACUGAUGCCAAAAUAACCUCGAGAACGAGCGCGUGACAGAAGUUUGAAUUARCCGCAGAGUUAGCCGUUAGCUGAAGUGCGGACGGGAUGUAAAGACCGGACCAGCCCCAGGAGGAGCCGGCGGCAGCUGCAGGAGGUCACACCCUGUCUGGGGGACACUGAAGGCUUUUAUGCGCCUAUCACCAGGCAAUACUCCCAAGAAUAUCAGCUAUUAGUUGUAAUAUUUAAUAUUAAUAGGAGUUAGCUUGAAGCUGCGGAGUUAACCGGAGUAAAAAUAUGACUGACUCAUCCUCACAGAAGAGAUAACCCUCACCCAGCUGUCUGCUGACCACAAACCCGCACAGAUAGCUGGAAAAACAAGUUAAUAACAAAUUAAAUUAAGUUAUUACUCUAACAACGUGGCGUCAUGAAUCCUCCCAUGUUCACCUUUGUUAGCCGGGAUGAUAACAGCUCUGUUUAUGCAGAAGUUUCCAAAAUACUCCUUUCCACCGGUCAGUGGAAGAAGCUGAAGAAAGACAAUCCCAGGUUUAAUCUGAUGCUCGGAGAGAGGAACAGGCUGCCCUUUGGACGGCUCGGCCAUGAACCAGGACUGGUGCAGCUGGUGAAUUAUUACAGAGGAGCAGACAAGCUGUGCAGAAAGGCAUCUUUGGUCAAGUUGGUGAAGACGAGCCCGGAGCUGUCCGACUCCAGCGGCUGGUUCCCAGAGUCAUACAUCAUCUAUCCCACUAAUCUCAACACCCCCGUGGCUCCGGCCUCCAACGGCAUCAGCCACCUGAAGAGCAAUCCGAAAACCGACGAGCGGGAGGUGUUCCUGGCCUCCUAUCACGCCAGAAAGGAAAGCGGCGACGGAUCUGUGUGGAUCGCCAAGUCCUCCGCUGGAGCUAAAGGUGCUGGUAUCCUUAUAUCCCAUGAUGCUAAUCAGCUGCUGGAGCACAUCGAUAAUCAGGGUCAGGUUCACGUCAUCCAGAAGUACCUGGAGAGACCUCUGCUGCUGGAACCGGGCCAUCGCAAGUUCGACAUCAGGAGCUGGGUGUUAGUGGACCACCAGUAUAACAUCUAUUUGUACCGGGAGGGCGUGCUGCGGACCUCCUCCGAACCCUACAACAGUUCUGACCUCCAGGACAUAACCAGCCACCUGACCAACCACUGCAUCCAGAAGGAGCACUCCAAGAACUACGGUCAGUACGAGGAGGGCAACGAGAUGUUCUUCGACGAGUUCCGGCUGUACCUGCUCAACGCUCACAACGUCACGCUGGAGGCCACGCUGCUGCCUCAGAUCAAGCACAUCAUAAAGAGCUGUCUGACCUGCAUCGAAGCGGCCAUCAGCACCAAACAUCUGUCCUACCAGAGCUUCCAGCUGUUUGGCUUCGACUUCAUGGUGGAUGAAAACUUCCGAGUGUGGCUGAUUGAGAUUAACGGAGCUCCAGCCUGUGCCCAGAAACUGUACCCAGAGUUGUGUCAGGGGAUCGUGGACGUGGCCAUCUCCACCGUCUUCACCCUGAACAGCGGUGGCGGCGACUCCUCGUCUCCUUACUCCUCCUCCCCCUCCUCCCAGUUCACCACCGCCAACAACGCCUACUCCUCUCCUAAACUGAGGGGGCCUCUGCACGUGGGCCCCUUCACCCGUCUGUGAGCGUCUCUGCGYUGCAGGAGACGCUCCGUGUCUGUCCUCAUUAUUUAUGCAUCGACUGUGAGGGGAGGAGUCACUCUGGGGGGGUCAGGAGGGACCGCCUCCCAGGUGUGCUCCUUCAGAGCGGAGGUGAUGGAAAGACUGAGUGCCUUACGUUUCCAACUGAACAAGCUGCCAGUUCGCUCGCUCCGUCAGCGCCUCCUGCAGGUCUGAUGAACCUCUGCAGCAGAACUUCAGUCCACAAGAAACAGCGUUUUCUUUUAGUUUUAUUACUUUUUGUAGCCUGCCUGUCGCUACGCUUGACCCUGACCGUCUAACCCUGCGUCAGAUUAGUUUAACCAGUGGUGGGCACGGUUCCACUAAUCAGCUAACGGCUAGCAACUAUUAGUGGAUUAGCAUUUUUGCUAGCUUUAAAAAACUGUUGGCAGACUAAUGGCUUCUGCCAAAUUAGGUUUUGCUAACUGUAAGUCUGCUAACAGCUAACUAACAAGCUAACGCUAACAGGUUUGUGUCAGUCCCAGCUGUCUUCAGUGACGAAGACGUGACACAAACUGAGGGACAGUCGUCUCGUCUUCUUCGUGGUUAGUUAUUAACUCUUAGCUUUCGCUAAUUUUUAUUUGUUGAAGUGUUUAUUGUUAGCUUCUACUAAUUUUUUUUACAUGUUUAGCAUUAGCGAAGCUAUAUUUUUGAGUUAGCAAAGCAAAGGUUUUUGUUUAGCUGUGCCCACCACUGCUAGUUAAAUAUAAAUUAAUUAACAGUAAUGGGCACACUUCAGCUAAUCUGCUAACUUUUUGCUUUACAAAUUAGCAUUUUUGGUAGCUUUAGGUUUUGCUAACUUUAAGUCUGCUACGAGCUAGGUAACGAGCUAACUUCAACAGGUUUGCAUCAGUCCCAGCUGUCUUCAGCUGGAAAGAGUCGAAGAAGCAACGCAGACUGAGGGAGAGUCGUCUUAGCGGUUAGCUAUYAGCUGUUAACGCUUGCUAGUUUUUACCUGUUUAAUUGUUUAGCAUUAGCUUCUGUUAAAUAUUUUACAUGUUUAGCAUUAGUGAAGCUGUAUUUUUAKUUAGCAGAUUAUGAACUCUUUAGUUAGCGGUGYCYACCACUGAGUUUAACCUUUUAAGGUUUUGUUUGAAAAGUUUUUCUUCAAGGAACRUUUUGGACAUUUUGAAGGGAAGAUCAGUGAAUAUCUUACCUGUUGUAGAUAGCUCUUUGAACGACAACAAAGCUAACAGGUUUUGUUUGACAGAAACAGGUCGUUCAAAGAGCUACCUGCAACAGGUGAGAUGUUUUUUCUUCACAUCUUUCUACAGAACCACACUUCAGGAGCUCUGAUGUCACCCCCUGAUGUCUGAGACCAGGAUUUUUUUCUAAAAGCUCAGAGGUUCUGUCACUUUUAUCUUUUAUUGCAAGAAGUUUAAUUUUGUUUUUGAGGCGAGCAUGUUUGUGUAAAAACAUAAAAACCUCUCAUCUGUUUUUUUAUUUAUUUGUUUUGGKUUUUUUUUGUUCCUGGUUUGAACAAACCAUCUGUGUGGAACUAGUAUAGAUCUGUGUUUCUUUUUAAUAUCUGAUAAAACAAAACUGAACAUUAGUUAGUUUGUAAACCAAAGGAUGAAGCAGAGUUAACUGUCGUUUGGUUUUUAAAGGUUUUUCUCUGAUUUCUUCAGUCAGGGCUGUAUUUGAGUUUAUUUAAACUCCAGCAUGAUGUGUGGCUUUUAUCUUUGAUUGGUUUUAACUUCUGUCUAAAUGUUAUCU